CUAGGAAAAAGUAAAAUGUGGAAGGAACAGAAUGUGGAAAAUUCAACCUUCACGCCGCCGGAUACUAAAACCAGUAGCAACAAUAGAAGCACAAAUCUCACGUAUGGCAUCGACGACGUUCCCCCGUGGUACCUCUGCUUGUUUAUGGCUUUACAGCACUACUUGACCAUGAUAGGCGCGAUAGUUUCGAUUCCUUUUAUCCUGACGCCAGCACUUUGCAUGGCAGAAGACGAUCCAUCCAGGAGUCACAUAAUCUCUACAAUGAUUUUCGUCACUGGACUCGUCACCUUCUUUCAAACUACCAUAGGAUGCAGAUUACCCCUAGUUCAAGGAGGAACGAUUUCUUUCCUGGUCCCAACAUUAGCAAUAUUAAGUUUACCACAAUGGAAAUGUCCAGCCCCGGAAGUUUUAAAUGAAAUGUCCCAAGCAAAUCGCACGGAAUUGUGGCAAGUCAGAAUGAGAGAGCUCUCGGGUGCCAUCGCUGUUUCCGCUCUAUUCCAAGUGGUCGUCGGAUUUGGCGGGAUCAUCGGAUAUUUAUUAAAGUUUAUCACGCCUCUGACUAUCGUGCCAACUGUCUCCUUAGUCGGGAUAUCGCUCUUCGAGAACGCAGCCGACGCUGCAUCCCAGCAUUGGGGCAUAGCGGCUGGAACUAUAUUGAUGUUAACAUUAUACUCGCAAAUAUUGGUCAAUGUACCGUUUCCUAUACUGACCUACCGCAAGGGUCAAGGGUUGCGACUCGCGUGGUUCGAAUUAUUCAAACUAUUCCCGGUUUUGUUAACAAUAAUAGUAAUGUGGAUAAUCUGCGCGAUUUUGACCGUGACUGAUUCCUUGCCAGUCGGUCAUCCAGCUAGAGCGGACAGUAAAUUAAAGAUCCUUAAUGAUUCUCCGUGGUUUAGAGUACCUUAUCCCGGCCAAUGGGGUACACCUACUGUGACCCUGUCUGGCGUGCUUGGCAUGUUAGCCGGAGUAUUGGCAUGUACGGUGGAGUCAAUCAGUUACUAUCCAACGACUUCCAGAAUGUGCGGGGCUCCACCACCUCCGGUUCACGCUAUCAAUCGAGGAAUCGGUAUGGAAGGGCUGGGUACAAUGUUGGCUGGUAUUUGGGGAAGCGGAAACGGUACAAACACGUUCGGAGAAAAUGUGGGAACCAUUGGUGUUACGAAAGUCGGUAGUCGCAGAGUCAUACAGUGGGCCUGCGGGUUGAUGAUCAUUCAAGGACUGAUUAGCAAAUUUGGCGCCGUUUUCAUUAUCAUCCCCGAGCCUAUCGUCGGUGGAAUAUUUUGUGUGAUGUUUGGAAUGAUCACCGCGUUCGGUCUGUCCGCGCUGCAAUACGUAGAUUUGAAUUCCGCGAGGAAUAUAUAUAUUCUCGGAUUUUCUAUUUUCUUUCCAUUAGUUCUGUCCAAAUGGAUGAUCAAUCACCCAGGCGUGAUAAAUACUGGGUACAACAUAGCUGAUAGCGUAAUUGCCGUGUUACUUAGCACAACUAUUCUUGUAGGAGGCGUGGUGGGAUGUCUACUGGAUAAUACCAUCCCAGGCACCCCCGAGGAACGCGGACUGAUCGCAUGGUCGAAGGAAAUGGAGUUAACUAGCAGUAAAGAUGAGAAAGAGGAUCAAGAACACAUACCUAACACAUUUGAUUUCCCGUUUGGAAUGGAUCUUUUACGGAGGUGGAAAUGGACUCAGUACGUGCCAUUCUUACCAACUUACAGACCUGGAAUUUACUCGUGCGGCCAAAAGAAAUAAUGAGCACUUCAUUUUAGUUUUAUUAUCGACAUUGUACAAAAUUUUUAAUGAAAAUAUUUAAAAUGAGUAAUUAAAGUAUGAAAUAUGCCGGUAAAAGAAUCCAUCUAGUGAAACUUUAUUUAUUGGGAACCAUUACAUUUCUUCUUUUUUCGUUUUGUACUACCUCUCAGUUCUGUCACCGAGGAGAUACUAAUUUUCAAAGUGCAAUUCUUUAGCGAAAUACUAGAGACUAAAUUAGAAUUUCUGUAUUUUAAAUUGUACAUCAAUCUAUCAAUAAUUUUAUGUAUGCCGCCUAAAUUCUAACUAAUAAAAUGAAUGGAAACGAA